GGCCGCUCCCCCGCCCGGCAUGGAGCGGCGGCACGCGCCCGCCGCGAACCGCCGGUACCGGCAGCGCCGCUUCUGGGACGAGCUGUACCGGCAGGAGGGCGCCGAGCCCCGCGAGUGGCUGGGGGGGCUGUCCCGCUUCUUCCCGCACCUGCAGCCUGAGCUGCGCCCCGCUGACCGCAUCCUCGUUCUCGGCUGCGGCAACAGUGCCCUGAGCCACGACCUGUACGAGCUGGGCUACACCGACGUCACCAGCAUCGACUACUCUCCUGCCUGCAUCACGGCCAUGCGUGCCCGCUACGCCUGCUGCCCCAGCCUGCACUGGGCUGUCAUGGACAUCCGUGCUCUUGCCUUCCCUGACGCCACCUUCGACGUGGUGCUGGAGAAGGGCACCCUCGAUGUGCUUAUGGUGGAGGAGACUGACCCAUGGAAUGUCUCGCCCCAGGCAACCGCCGCAAUGCACCGGGUCCUGGCAGAGGUGAGCCGGGUGCUGCGCCCAGGGGGCUGCUUCAUCUCCAUCACCUUCGCACAGCCCCACUUCCGUAAGCCCCACUAUGCCCAGGAGACCUUCGGAUGGUCCCUGCGCCACGUCACUUGCGGGGAUGGGGAUGCUGGCACCUUCCACUACUUCCUCUACGUCAUGCGCAAGGGGCAGCCCCUGGACCCCCUGGACCUGGCCCUGGGGCGCCAUCUACACCAGCCCCCUCCACCUCCCGACCCACCGCCACCCCCGGCCCCCCCGGACGAUGAGGACUACCUCCUUGCCAUCCAGCUGUGACCCAGGGCCUUCCCUGGCCUCCCCCCACCCAAUAAAGCCUUAAGCUUCUCUGCCUUCACGGUGGGGGACGGGGGACCAGUGCUCCCUCCUCACCCCACAAGCUGCCCGGUGAUGUGAGCAAUGGGGAGAAGGGGGGGGGGGCUUGGCCCCCUCCUGGCCCUUCCCUCGCCCAGCUGGAGAGCAGCCAGGGCUCCGGGCUUUGUGGACAAUAAUGAAACCAAAUCGGGUUUAAUUCCACCCAUCCAUCUUGCAAAGAGCAGCUCCCUGUGUCCCACCCACCCCUCUGGGGGCAGCUGGGCUGGGGGGUGCCCACUGUCCUGCACCAGGACCCCUGCACCAGCCUCCUUGGCCACGGGGCUGUGCAAGGACACCAUGUCCUUGUCGCCCCCCAGCUGAGUGGCAGGAGGUCUGGGAUGGGUUGUGCCAUAUAUGCCUAUGUACCCCCUCAAUUCCCACUCCUGGAUGCCAUGACAACACUGGUGUGCCACACACCUGAUCUGUGAUUUCCCGUCCCUGGGGCUAGCAGCACAGUGACACGUGUGUGCUGGGGCUGGUGACAGCCCUGCCACUGUGUGCUGGUGGGGCUGGCUGCAUGUGGGUGCUGGCAUGGCAAGUGGCACCACGGGUGUCCCCACUUAGGCACCAAACCCCCUCAAGGUUGGUGACACUGAUGGGGGGGUGCAGAGGGGACCUGUCCUUGGGGGGACAGUGGUGACACCAAAGAGGCAAAGCUGCCAGGCUGCUAUUCCUGGCAAAAGGCAUAAGUGGGUCAAGCACUGGCUCCCCCCACACCGGGAGCUGGGGAAGAACUCUGGGCUCAGCCCCCCGCCCAGCCAUGCCACCCCAUCCCACCGGCACCCCAGAAACCUGCCAGCACAUGGCAGGGACGGAAAGGAGCAGGCGCUGCCAGCCUCACCUUGGUACAUGAAUGUAGUUUAUUCAUCGCAUUUUGUUCACCAGUACAGUGAAAAAUGGCAUUUAAAUUUACAAUGGAUCAUUCGUAGAACAUCAUGACACAAGUAUCUUUUUUUUUUUUUCUUUUUUUCGUGUUUUUUUCUCGGUUUUUUGUUUGGGAUUUUUUCUCUGUGUUGUGGGGUUGGUUUUCUUUUUGCGUUGUAGUCUCCAUAAACGCCACUCGCAGGUUAUUGAAAAAGAUGGCGAGUUCCUCAUGCACAUCAGACCCCCGAGAAGCCUCUUAAAAAAUAAAAUUAAAUUAAAGUACAAAAUUAAAACCGACUCAGGCCGGUCCCUGCCCCCCCGGCUCCCCCCGCACUCCGCGAGGGGCCGGUGCCUGCCGCUGCCCCGCUGGUCUCUGCCCGGUGCUCCGGAAGGGCACUGCGGUGGCCGGUGGUGCUGUCCCACUGCCGGGGCUCGGGCCGGGGGUCCCCGUGCUUCUCCCCAUGCCUCUGGCUUUCCUCAUGCUCCCUCCGUCGCUCUCGCCCCCUUCAUUUCCCCCCUCCCCUCGGUUUUUUCUUCUUUUUUUGUCUUUUUUUCUUAUGGAAAAAAAAUAUGAACCUUU